GGCAACGAUGUGGCGUGUGGUUGCGCUGCUGUUGCUGCUGCUCGCUGUGAGCGGAGCGCUGGGCGCCCACAGCCCCAGCUCCAGCUCCGGAGGGUUGGCAGCGGGUGCGCGGAGCCUGGCUCACGGCGUCGUCGGAGAUGGUAGUGGUCGUGGGUUUGGAAGGUGACAUCUAAGGAGGCUGUUGAAGUGAGGUCACAUUACAAUUCCUCUUUUGGAGCCAGUUUCUAUUCUAUUGAAACCUAAUGAAUGUAAACACAUUGUGGUAACAAAUGUUAGUAACCAGACUACCUUUGUGGUUACCCAAGUAUACACUCACAUGCAGAAUGUGACGGUAUCCCUCUCAAAGUCCUUUCCUGCAGAUGCAUCAUAUACAAGUUCUAGUGCUGGUGUAGUGCUGAUGUUGAAGCCAGCGAUGUUCUACAUUCAAGCUGGAGAAGAAAUGGUGUCAGCAGUUCUGUUUGCUCUCUCCUACACAGCACUAGAUCCUGUACCUGGUGCCUGCAACACCGAGUUUAUCCUAGAAAAUGAUCCAAGCCUGCACUUGAAGUACAAUAUGUAUGAAACUGCUGUUAUGUUUGCACCAGCUAACUUGGGCACAGUGAGACAAUUGCCACCUCCUGCUUGUGAUGUUAAGACAGAUGUUCACACACGGUGGCGGCUGACCUACGAUAUUUACCAGUAUUUUCUACCUGAGAAUGACCUCACCAUGGAAAGUCUAACAAAAGGAAUGAGUAAAAUGUCAUCCGUACAACAGAUAGAAAAGAAUGGAAUAAAGAUCACCACAGUAAAUUCGUUCCAGCAGACAAAAAUCUAUGGAAACUCAUAUAUUGGCACUGGUGUGAUAUACAAUGUUAUUGUCAGGGACCCUCAUUUGAAAACCUCUGCAUCUUAUGCUCCUGUAUCCACAUAUGCCUGCAGUUUGCCUUCCGAAGGGUACCAAUGUAAGAAUUCAGAUAAAAAUUUCAUCUACAUACAGGUUUUAUGCACAGUGAUUGGAGUCUAUGGCUUAAUUCUCUGUUUGAUUGGCCAUAGAAUCUUUGAAGCAGAAUUUCUGUUCUUUGGAUUCCUAAUCUUCGGGUUCAUAAGCUUUGUGUUGGUAACACGAUUCUCUGCACUCAACUUCAUCAAUCGGUUAGAAAUCAUGAUAGCAGCAGGACUGCUUGGUGGUGUGGUUGUGACGCUGGUUAGGUGCAUUUUUGGUAUUCCUGUACCUUGUGUAGUGUUUGUAGGAAUGGUGCUGGGAUUUCUGGUGGCAUCAAUCGUUUUCUUUACUCCUCUUGCAAAUUUUACUCUAUUUCGCAAUGACAUCAACUUCUGGCUUAUUUUUUUGUGUGUGAUGCUGGUGGUGCCUACAGUUCUGAUUAUAUUUCCAAGGACAUUGAACAUCAUCACAUGUGCACUGGUAGGCUCUUAUGCUGUAAUUAUUGCAGUUGGAGUAUAUGUCUACACCAGUCUGACUUACAUAAUUCUAAAUGUCAUCAAAAGAGCAAUACACUCAGAUUUUGCAAAGGUGGAGAGCGAUGCUCCUUUCCAACGUAGAGAUUUCAUUCUGACAUCCAUAUGGGCAGUGUUGUUUGUUAGUGGUGUAACAUUGCAGUUAAUUUUGGAAAGAAAUAGAUUACCUUUUCCACCCUGUCCAUAUGACAACUGGAGGAGGAGGAGAAACACAGUGUAUGGAGAACGGACACCUCUGUUACGGCCACCUGAGAUAUGACUAUAUUGGCAGCAUUUUGCUUUUGUAUGCACAUUUCCUCUUUGUUUCAAUUGUUUAUCCCACAUUGACGAUGCAGAGUUCUACACUAGCCAUUCUUCAAAAUGGCAAAUUACAUUGCCCCUGGGUCUUUCACGUUUUCAGUUGGGAUAUCUCCUUGAAUCUGUUUGAGCGAGUCUGUGGAAAUGACCAAUUUUAGAACUUGUUUGGAUUGAAUAUUCUCCUGUCACUUUCCAAAGAUUGUCAAUGGAUCCAAAUGGUAUUUGACUUAAUAACAUUUAUAUAUCCAUUUGCACAGGCUGAUCUCUUGCCUGAUCAGGCCCAUGUGAAAUAUACAGCGAAGGAUCAUAUAUGGCAUUCAGUGGUGUAAAACUGACACCUGAAUGACAAGCUAUAUGAUAUCUGACCAUCAAAGUUGCAAGUGUUCCCUUACAAAUGAGGAAGAAAAAUCCUGUCAGUUCUUUGUGCUGCAUAUGAAAAUGGCCAUUCUGAUAUUUCAACAGCUCUGAAGUCAAAUUGUAUUUGUUGAAUUUAUAGCUUUAAGAGUUUCCUUAUCUAUGGAGGAUUAAAAGGAGUAAAUGUUGAAUCAAAUGAGAAUCAGUGUUUCCUAGCUGUGUUUUAAUGGUUCAGCAUUUCAAAUAAAGGAAAAGGAAUAGUCAUUCAUUUUUUUUAACCAACAGCACAGUGUCAGGCAAAUUAUUAUAAAUGUGUGUGUACUUUGCUAACACCUAUUUUUCAUGUUAUCUUAAUGUAACUCAAUUGUACUGACUAGAAAAACAAACUUUUGUAGUUUACAACUGAAUUGUACAGUUUCAUACCAUUUUGAGGGUCUUUUAUAUAAUUGUAAAAUAACUGUUUUCAUUGGAUUUAAUUAUUUUGAUUGUUCAAAGUUCUAACCAGCUGCAAAAAGUCAUAGCAAAAGACAAAUAUCUUUUAAUGGCUUGUCUUGCACAUCAGUAUUUACUACGUCACUUUCAGUUCUGGAUUCGCAGAAAGCUUUGCAAUUAUAUCUGUGUGGUAGCUGAGUGGUUAUAGGUUCAACUUCUGCUUGGUGCUGAGUUAAUGGAUCACUAUUAGAGUGAUAGCCAAGGAAUAGAUUGGUUCAGUACCUCUGGAUGAUGGCCAGGCUCAUGCUUUCUAUGUUUCUUGCUAUUCAGCAAUCUGGAAAUGAAGGGACCUUUUACCUAAUUGAUCAAACUGAUCUUGCAUACGACUCUUUAUAGCAGGCAAACACCAAUCGUUUCGCCCAAUUCAGUCUUGGUUGCAGAAGUAAAAGGCCAAGGUUUAGUCCACUAUAUAACCCAGUUCCGCAUUUUGUUUUUAAUAUAUCUUGAUGUAAGGAAUUAUUUCUAUGAUGUUUUGAGAAGACCAGAUUUUCUUAUGCAGGUCUGGGAUAGGGUUGAGGAAGGAAGAAGUGUGGGAGAGGAGGCAGAAUCAAGCCAUAGCAUCAAUUGCAUUGUCUAAGAUUUUCUUUCCCCAUAUCUCAAAAAAAAACUAUUUGGCUGCCUAAUAAUUGAGGUGAGACAUUGAUACCAGAUCUGGAUGUUGGGUUCUUUUCUUGAUGUCCCCUCCGAGACAAAGUUAAUUUGCACUUAAUUUUGUUUGCAUGGGACGCAGUGAGUGCUCUUCUGCUCUACCUUUUAAAAAUAAUUUUUUUCUGAACCUUUUGUUAGAAGUAAUUUGUGCCAUUUAACAAAAACUGGUAAAGAACUGAAGUAACAAACUCUGCAGACAUUCUUCAAAGAAUAUGGAGAAGUAGGCCAUUCUUCCCCUCAAUCAUGUUCUACCAUUCAAAUAGAUUGUUGCUGAUCUGUACCUUGACACCAUGGACCCACCUUUGCUCUGUAUCACUUAGUAGACUUCCCUAACAGAUACCUCUAGAUUUUCAGGUUUGUAAGUACUUUUUAUAAUAUGUUAUAUUGACUGAAUUAGCAUAAUGGAUUGAUUCCAUCUUGAGCUUUUUGAAUGUUGAUUUAAAACUAAAAAUUGAAGUGAUUUAUCUUAACUCUGCCAUGGAGGUGUGGCCUCACCACUCAUUCCUCAUGGUCACUGUCUCAUUGUAGCUGUCUCUCUGGACAGCAUGAUGUGCAUGCACCCAUCUGUCAGACAGUCUAAUUCCAUCGAACAGUGGGUUUAUACUUCAAAAUUAGAACUCUGGAAAUGAAAUCAAAAAUUUUUGGAGAUGCAGUUUGACCUCUUAAGGGCAAAUUAAUGCUUUGGGCGAUCUACAUCUGCAAAGUCAGGCCAGCUUUUAUUUUUGGUGGUUCUGUCUGUCUGUCGAUGUUUAUUCAAGUUUCUGGAAAUGGGUGUGCUUUUAAUUGGAAACCAAAUUGGUGUAAAAUUGUUAACAAUGGAUAUUAUGUGAGAGAACUAUAAAUAGGAUAAAGCAGAAUUUGAUACAGGUGAUAUUGCACAAUUUAAUUUUUAAUAACUUGUACAUUUCAAGGGAUCUUUAUGAAUACAACCUUCUUUGGCUACAUUUUGACUGUACAGAUUAAACUAAUGUAAAACUUCAAAAAUGGUAACUAAACAGGUGAAUACGUUCAUGAAUGUUCAAGUUUGUUUUUACACAUUCUAUCUUGCCAAAAAACUAAUAUUUUUCUUUUCUGUACAGAAAUGUAUUUAAGCUAAGGUACGAAAAGUAUUUUGACUUGUAAGUCACAUGCACUUUUAAUUAUUCAAAUUAAAGUUUCUAUUCAUACUAAA